AUGGAUACCAGACACGUGCACGACCCGGAGUACUGCUCCGUGUGGGACACGCACAUGCUGGCCGCCGAGGACGCGGGCCACAUCAACGACAACAACGACGUCGGCUACUACGCCAUGUCAUGCCCGGCGCCGCUCAAGAACCGCGACUUCGUGCUGCAGCGCUCUUGGCUGGACACGGGCGAGGAGAAGCUGAUUCUCAAUCACUCGGUCUUCCACAAGGACUACCCACCCAGGAAAGGAUAUGUCAGGGCCCUGUCUCUCCUCACCGGGUUCGUGGUGCGAAGCCGGCCCGGCACCGGCGGCAGCUGGCUGGGCUACGUGUCGCGCUCCGACCCACGCGGAGCGCUGCCCGCCUGGCUUGUCAACAGGGUGACGGCUCAGCUCGCACCUCGGUUGGUACAGCAGCUGCACGCGGCGGCACGGCGCUACCCCGGCUGGAAGGCGCUCACCGACUACCCCCACCACAAGCCCUGGCGCCACCCGGAGCAGGUCCCUGCCUACAGAAUUAAGCUGGAAGACUGUGUCGAUCCUGACGCACCGGUGCCACCUGCUCAGGAGCCUAAACCAGAGACUUCAAAAGCCAAACUAGAGGUGCCACAGAAACAGAUAGAAAGUCAGAGUAUCGAAGACUUGGGAGACAUAUCAUCAGAAUUCAGCGUCGAGGUGGAAGAAGAGCCAGCAGACUUGAACCAAGACCCGACUAAAAAGAAGGGGAAGUUUUACAAACUCGUAAAGUCUAUGAAGAAUAGAAGAAAGAGUGUCCAAGUCGCUAAAAGUGCCGAUAAUAUUAUGGAAGGUAAACCCGAAGAAAAGGAAAAGAAAAAAGGGUUCAAGUUCCAUCGUAGGUUUAGUAUUAGCAGAGGACGGGAGGAUUGAGCUUAUUCGAGUUGUGAAUUCUGGUUACAGAACGGCAGUGUAGGUACGACUAGAUUUUAAACAGAACAACGUUUUAAAUUUCAGUCAAAAGGCUAGAUGUAGCUGAAAAUAAAAAUACGGUUAAAUACGAUUAUACGUAUGUAUAAUUAGAUAGGUAAGUACAAGUACUGUGUCGCCAACGUUACUGGAAAUGAAUAUGGUACUUUAAAUAAUUACCUAUCGCUAAACCGAUAUUAAUAAAUAAAUAACAUAAUCAACGUUUUACUCACGGGUUUCAUGAGCAUGACCUUCAAUUUUUUUGUAUUGACUUAUAAUAAUUGUAAGCAAGUCGUUUGAUUAGUUACCUACUCACCUAUUUCUAGCAUACAAUGUAAACGUCAUAAAAGAAACAAUUCAGUUUGACCUGAUCAGAUAUAUAACUUCAUUUGGUGAUCUCCAAUGCUCAAAUAAUUUUGCACUUUAAGUAUUUCAUAGGUAUACCUACCUACAUUUAGUAAAAAUUACGUGACGAGUUUUACAUGCAAAACUUCUACUAGCUCUAUAUCUCUAUGUUCAAGCCAAGUUUCAAGAAAUUUGAGCUUGUCCUUGAAAUGAGAGCGUAAAACUUCGAUUGUAUUAGUGAGCGGCAUUUUAGCAGCGGGUUGAUGGAACUGUUCUCCUCAAGGCUCAAGCCAGAUUAUAGUGAUUAAUAAAUACCAACAUUCAGCUAAAUAAGAAAUUUCAUAUGCAUUUAAAAUAAAAUUGUAUGAAAUAGUAAUAUCGCGACAAAUAUUUUUUUCUGUUUUGUUGCUAAUUUAUUUUAUGAUUAACAAUACUAUUGUAGAUAAAUUAUUUAUGAUUAACGGAAUACAUGACAUAUUCCAUGAAAUGUAAACUGUAAUAAGUUAAUAAUGUUGCUUAUCAUAAAAUAAUUAAAAUCCGUUUGUAUUGUUUUUAGUUUAAUUUCACGUGUGUACGAUAUCAUCAAUGUUAUGUCGGAAAUGUACCUACGUUUUGGACAUGUAACACAAUGCAAAAAUUUAAGAUUCAGAGCUUAUUCAGUAAUUUUGAUAAGAUGACAGUUUAUGUCUGUCGAUGUUAAAGCGACUUUGUUGGUUAAAAUGUUGAGAUAGCUAGCGAUGUUCUAAAUAAAUAGAUAAUUUUACUACUUUCUAAGUAAGUAAGUCCUCGAUUAGGUAAAUUUUAUAAUAUUCCGGAAUCAACUAUAUUUAUGGGAUAAAUAGUUAUAUCUGUUGUUUUCCACAUUCCAUGUUUUACAAUUGUCUUCGCUUAAAUUAAAGUAAUCAAACAAUAACUAACAAAAAGAAAACUAACAAAAACAUAAACUUUUUAAAACUAAUAAUUAUUAAAAACAAUAACUUUUUUAAACCUAAAAUUGAGGGCAAGAGCCAUAUCGCCAUGAUUAAAUAUCAUUUUUGUAGGGCGUUAAAAUUAGUCAAAUAAAAAUAUCAAUAGUCUAAAGAGAAUAUUUACAGAAAAUAGGACACUUAGGUUAGGCAAAUGUAAAUUAUUAAACAAUGAUUUACACACAGGAUUGAUGUUUACAUUUUUACGUUUAAUCCAUUCAUUUUACGCAGAUAAAAAAAUAACUUGGACGGUCUUCCUUGUAGAAUGUUAGAUAUCUUAGAUUUCAACGUAGGUACUAUUAACAUUAAAAAGAUUAAGAAUGUUGUUUAGGCAUACCGUAAAACGGGGUGAGUAGGUUUCGCGGGGAGAGUUGGGUUAUGAAUGGGGAGAGAAGGUUUGAGAGGGGGCUGAGAAGGGAUUUAAAGGCUGCUGCUACAAAAAUAAUGUAUUCCGAUUUAAAAUGGGGCUACAGUAAUACGCAUAAUAAAAAAAAUCGAUCCAACAAUCUUCCAAAAUCACCUUUGUAUGAAAAACCCUCUCACCCCAAAUACGAGGCCCUACGGGGUGAGGUGGGUUUUCCUCUUUAUCGUCAAAGUUAUGAAAUGGAACUACCCAAAAUAAAAUACAAACUCAAAUACAAACGUCCGAACCACUUAUUAUAUACACCAUUCAGUUUUCACACGUAAAAAUAAAAUUUUAUCGAGGUUUGAAAGUCAAAUUUCACCCAAGUCACCCCAUUUUACGGUACAUAUAUAAAAGGGACCCAUUUGUAAAGAAAAUCUGCUGAUAUUGGAUUUAUUGAUUUAGGAUUAUUGUAGUGAUCCCGGGAUUGAGAAGCGUUCUAAAAAGCCGCCUUGUACUAUCAUUGUAAAUAAAAUGAUAGUUAUUACAAGGCUCACUUGUUGCGCGAGUGACUAAACAACUGGGUCUAAACCGUAAAAUUAUUCAAUGUUAGUAUGUAUGUCUCACAACAGUUUAAUUCGAUGAUUUUACAUUUUAGUAGUAGAAGUCUCCAAUCUACAUUAUUACUAAUUUAUCAUUGUAAUAACAUUUCUUAAAAAAUUACGAUCACUAAUUUCUAUUGAUGAGUAUUGGAAUUCAAAAAAUUAAGUGCCCAGCCUUCUGGGCCCUAUCGAGCGACUACGAGCGACUACGACUUAGGACAAAAUUUUAUUUAUAAGUUUCUAGUGUUUUAUUAUGUUAUAAAAAUGUUAAUAAAAUAAUAUAUAAAAAUAACUUAAAAAAUUAAGUAAGUUAAUAUACUAUAUUAUAGAUGGGUCCCUUUAAGUCUUCUAUGCCGUAUAAACAACAUUUAUUUGGUGAAAUUACCAAAUUUUUUAAACAAAAAAA